AUGAGUGCAUUGUUUAAUUUUGAAAGUCUGAUACUGAGUGUGGUAUUACUCAUUUGUACGAGUGCUUAUAUUCAUGCGUACAAGGCCAGUUGGCUUGAUGAUCGGAAACAAGGAUUUGUUGGAAUAUUUUGGAAAUGUGCCCGAGUGGGUGAACGAUUAAGCCCUUGGAUUUCUCUAAUUUGCAUCUUCAUGGCAAUGCGAUUACUGUUCUUUUCCGAGUAA